AGUACAUCUCUAUUAAGCCAAAGCCAAACAAAGAAGCAAACAAAAGCUUAAUCCAUAGUUUAUUGUUUACCAAAAAAAUGACCUGCAGUUAAACAGCGAUUAAGCAAUGGAGGACCUGUGUCGAAUUUGUGGCGGCUACUCGGAACACUUGCUGGGCAUUUUCGACGAGCAGCUGGAAGAAUAUGUUGACGGAGCCAAGCUCGCUGAGAUGGUGAAGACAUGUGCCGACGUGCAGUUGGAUCCCGACGACGCACUGCCCCAAAAAAUCUGCAUUUCCUGUGUCCACGAUGCACGAACUGCUUACGGAUUCAAGCGGAGAUGCGAGGAGAACUAUAAGAAGUUCUAUUUGGCGAUAUUAAACGGGCAGGUCAUCAAAGACGAGCCCAACGCGGAGGACUUCCUAUUCAUUGAGAACCUUGACAAAGGCAGUCUGGUAGCAAAGAAGAAGCUCAACAAUGAAUUACAAAAAUCACAUCAAACAGCUCCCAGAACAACCAAGUCUUCCACAACUACCAGUAGAGCUGGCAGACAGUUGAGGAGUAUCAAGAAUCAACCUUUCAAAUGCGAGAUAUGCAUCAAAGAGUUCAAGCACCAAAUAAGCCUCCUGCACCACAUGAAGGUUCACAGCAAUUCACACGUAUGCCAAAACUGCGAAGAGCGUUUUCUGUUCAAGGCCGACCUGGAUAACCACCUAUGUUAUCGCAACAGCAAUUCCACCGUCGAGUGCCCGGUAUGCUUGAAAGUCUUUUCAAGCACCCAGAGCCUGGACAGCCACAAAUGCAAGGAUAUGCAGGAGCGUUCGCCCUUUCAGUGCCCCCACUGUCAGCAGGCCUUUACUCGCGAACAAAACCUCAAGGCGCACCUGUUGAUCCACGCGGAAUCGAAACAGGGAAACGGACCCCACAAAUGCUCAUACUGCCAGACGGGAUUCUUCAACAAGUCGGCCCUCAAGGUGCAUAUUCACGCGCACAUGGGCGAGCGGCCGCAUGCCUGUCCGUUCUGUGUGUCCAACUUCCGUUCCAAGCAGGCCCUUAAGGUCCACAUCCGCAUACACACGGGCGAGAAGCCCUACCAAUGCCCCCAAUGCCCCAAGACUUUUUCGGACAACAAUAACCUGGCGAAGCACCGACGACGGCACUCGGAUGAACGGCCCUACAAGUGUUCUAUCUGCCUGCAGGACUUCCGGGAGAAACAUCAUCUGAAGCGACACUUUCUGGGAAAGCAUCGGGAUGGAGAUCAAAAGCCGAAGCUAAAGUGAUGAUGAUAUAUUUAUAUCUCAUUGAAAUAAUGUUUCUAUAGUUCAUAUUGGAAUUUACUUAAAUUAAUAUUUAUAAUUUAUUUAUAUGUGCAUUAAUAUUUUCGUAGAAUUCGAACAGCAAUUUGAAAACCAUUUGGAGUGGCAACACCGUUUUUGUGUAAAUCAAAAUUCGAUGUAGACACGACGAUGUAGACAGCGUUGCCAUUUGGCCGUGAUUUGUUCACGUGGCACCACCAUUUUGAUAAACAAACAAGUUAAUCAACCCUUAAAUGACACCAAAAGAGCAUUGGAAAUAAAACAACAAGUUGUAUGUUUAUAAA